AUGUUUGGUUUUUGUCUACAGCAAGAGAAGCUCCUGGAAGGUUAUGUGGGCUUUGCCAAUCUCCCAAACCAAGUGUACAGAAAGUCCGUCAAGAGAGGCUUCGAGUUCACUCUCAUGGUCGUGGGUGAAUCUGGUUUGGGGAAGUCUACACUGAUCAACUCCCUCUUCCUGACAGACUUGUAUUCUCCUGAAUACCCUGGUCCCUCCCACAGAAUCAAGAAGACAGUACAGCUGCAGAGACUUGUUGGCGGCGGCCACAUCCUCAAGCCUGGUUUCCAGCGUAGUGAGUUGGUCGCUGUGGUCAGAGAGCCCGGCCUCAACUUCGGCCAGUGGGAGAUGCCACAGAACCCCGGAUCGUUUCCACGGUUGCCUGAAUUGGAUCCAGUGCAGCCGCCAGUGGAGCAGUCCAAGGUGCUGGUAAAGGAAGGAGGAGUUCAGCUGCUUCUCACCAUCGUUGACACCCCAGGGUUCGGGGACGCUGUCGACAACAGUAACUGCUGGCAGCCAGUUAUCGAUCACAUCGACAGUAAGUUUGAGGAUUACCUCAACUCAGAGUCCCGGGUCAACAGACGGCAGAUGCCUGACAACAGAGUGCACUGCUGCCUCUACUUCAUUGCCCCCUCUGGACACGGCUGCCCUGCUGUUGCAUCCUCUAUUCAGUGCGAGAAAAUCACAGAGCACAAAAUCCAGAUCUACGAGCUUCCCAGAGACGAGAACGAUGAGCGAGGAGAACAAGAUUGGGGUCCCAAGAAGAUCAAGAUCAUGCGAGAAAUCACAGAGCACAAAAUCCAGAUCUACGAGUUCCCAGAGACCAACGAUGAGGAGGAGAACAAGAUGGUCAAGAAGAUCAAGGAUCGCUUGCCCCUGGCUGUUGUUGGUAGCAACACCAUCAUCGUGGUCAACGAGAAGCGGGUGAGAGGGAGGCAGUACCCCUGGGGCGUGGCGGAAGUGGAGAAUGGAGAGCACUGUGACUUCACCAUCCUGAGGAACAUGCUCAUCAGAACCCACAUGCAGGACCUGAAGGAUGUGACCAACAACGUCCACUAUGAGAACUACCGCAGCAGGAAGCUAGCAGCCGUCACAUACAACGGAGUGGACAACAACAAGAACAAGGGACCAAUGACCAAGAGUCCCCUGGCCCAGAUGGAGGAGGAGAGGAGGGAGCACGUGACCAAGAUGGAGAAGAUGGAGAUGGAAAUGGAGCAGGUGUUUGAGAUGAAGGUCAAGGAGAAGAUCCAGAAGCUCAAAGACUCUGAGCUAGAGGUACAGGAACCUAACAACACCUUCACACCACUAAAACUCACUUACUCACUCGCCCCUUAUGAAGAAGAACCUGGAGCCCAGCACAGGGAGCUGGAGGAGAAGAGACGCCAGCUGGAGGACGAGAAGCACAACUGGGAGGCACAGCAGAGGGUGCUGGAGCAACAGAAACUAGACGCAUCCAGGACCCUGGAAAAGAAUAAAAAGAAGAAGAUAUUUUAA